GAUAGCUGACCACGUGCGAAAUAUAAAUAAAGCAAAAAUAUUUAUUGUUAUUUUUGUAGUAGAGUAAAAAUUUAAACUAAUUACAAGCUUUACUGUAUCUUUUUUCGGAUAGUAAAUCGAAAGAGACCACUUCCAAGAACCUGCUUUACUAUAUUUGGCUCACAGAAGAGGUUAAGGACUCAUAAGUUGAGGGUCUACCACGUGAUUGUGAUGGAUUGAAUUUUUUUUUCCGCUACAUUUUUUUUCUCCUUUAAACUAAGAAUAAAAGGGAGUUUGUUCCCCUGGGUGGAGAAACAUCAGCUGUUGAUAUUGAAGAGGUGAAAAACAAGAAAAUAUUACUACAGUUACAUGGUUUUUGACUUUUAUGGACAUAAAAAAAAACUUAAUUAAAUCUGUUCAAGGUUAAAUAUGAAUCAGCAAAUUACACUGUAAAUUAAAGAUUUUUUUAAUGUAUAUAUAUGUAUAAUAGGAUACAUCACACCUUUAAAAUGUAUACAAUCUUAGCUUACCUAGUACACCUAAGUAUUUCAAUUACAUCAUCACAAUAAUUAACUUAUAAACAGAUGAGUCAUGAUAUUCAUAAACUGUAGAAAGUUUGGCCUAUUGGCUCAGAUCCAACCUGAAUGUCUAGUAUAGACAUUGUGUCCAGAGGAGUGCCAUUUCUAGAAAUAAAGAUGGAUGCAGAAAGUGAUGUAACAACAGUACAGCUCCCUAUAGUUCGUAUGAAAAUAGAGGAGGAGACACAAGACGUGAAGAAAUAUGAAGGCAAGUCAAGAGAACGAACGGAAGAGCGGUUAGAUGAUGAUCAUCAAGGACAGCAAAUCAAAAACUCAUCACACGAAGAAAGUUCUUAUGAAAAUUUAAAGGAAAAUGUGAGCCCUUCAUCCCAGAUAUUUGAGAAAGUAGAUUCUUGUCAUCACAUGAUUGACGUUUGUAAUAUGGGUAUAGAGCAAGUGCAGUCGACUAUAGAAAUGGGAGAGAUUCAGUGUCAAGAUCACUCUCACUUACAACUCGCUUGUUGUUACAUAAUGGAACAAUCGUCUCCUUUAAAUGUUGCCUGUUCAAAAUCUGUUAACUUACACGACGAUGCUGUUACUGUAAAAUAUGCUCAAAUUCAAGAAACUCAAAGAACAAUGCAGAGGGAACCGACUUCUAAAGGUGAACUCAUACAUGAUGAUCGAAGCACAUGUCCUAAAAUCGAAGGGGAGUUGGAAUCAGUAAAGAUAACAGAACAGGAGAUUUACAACCAAGCUCCUAUCGUUCUUUACGUAGACGAAAAGUCAAUCACUAAAAGUAACUCUUCGGGGAGCCUUCAAGAAUCUCCAACCUUAGAUGAACCAUCGAAAAGUAUAGAACAGACUAAAAUGAUUGAGCAUAAAGUUAAUGAUCAAUCUAAACUCGAUAUCGAUUCGAUCUUUAGCACCGACGAUGACGAAUCCGAUAAGAGUUUAAGUAUUUUUCCUGAAAAACUUUACUGUGACUCGCCUACGUCAUGCCAUAAUUAUUCUUGCGCUUCUGAUGAUUUAGAAGAAGACAUUUUCUUAUCCAUUCCUUGUGAAGAUGAUGGCAAGAGUAACGAUCGAUCCGAAUCACCAUCAUCAAUUAAUUUAAAUACAUUAAUGUCCAAUCAUUCUGUUAGUGAUGUCCAAGAUGAUUAUAUGUCGGAACCAGAUAAGAAUGCUUCACAGAUUCAAGAAGAUAAAUCUGCAAGACAAGAAAUAACGAAAUUUAGUGAUAAAGUAGAAAAUUUAGUUACAGAACAAUCAGAAAUUGGCUCCAGGUCUUAUAAAUGUGACAGUAUCCAGAUUGGUACGGAUGAAGAGGAAGAUGAUUUAUCUUCAAACGAAAACAUUUCUACUGAAAAUGAUGCAAUAAUUAACAAAAAAGUACACUUAGACGAUUCUUUUUUGUAUACAUCUAAUGAUAAGUGCUCUUUAGACAUAUCAACAAAGGAGAACCGUCCAAAGAUAGAAUCAAUUCCAGAAACUCUUAGGAGUAAUGAUGACUGUGAUAUGUCGAAAGAAAUAUUGGUUAACCAAACAAAUAACUGUACUAAUUCGAAUAAUUCUGUUCACAAUUUGACAAGAAUUGUGGAAUUAAAAAACAGAGUUGAAGCAGAAGAAGAGACGUCAAAUUCUACGACAUCUUCAUUAUCGUCAUGCAAAAAUUCAGAACACCAAGUUGAAAUUCAGAGUGAGUUAGUGAGAAGUUCUGAAGAUAAUAAAGAUUGUGAUGAUGUAAAGAACAACGAUGAGAGCUGGGAGAAUUCUUAUAAUCAAAUAUUGGAGUCAAAAAUAGAUAAGGAGAUAAAUCAAAUGGAUGAAGUAACGAAUUCGGGUGAUGAUAAUCAAAAAUCAAAACACUUCACUCUCCCUAUCGACUGUUUAGAAGAAGACUCGUUUGAUGUUGAAAUUGGCAAUAUAAAUCGGUCGAAAUUGGGAGAAGAUGAAGAGUCAUCACCAGACUCGUCGCCGGAGCCAAAAUCAAAUCUACUCUUAGAUUGCUUUGCUGAUUCCGAUGAAAAAUCAGACGAUGACGUCAGCACGUGUACGGAAGUAGACAGUGAUGUCACACCGUCCAGAGAGAGCAUCCCGGAAGAAGUUUCUGAUAUAAUUCCAGAGUUAAGCUUCUAUCAUACUUGCAAGUCUGGAAAGGUGAGAAAGUUUUAAUAUUCUUUUUCUGUUUUUUACGUAGAUGCCAACUUAGUUUUUUUGGGGGGAGGAGAGGUCUGUGUAAACAGGUUAAAAGUAAAUAUUUUAGAAAAUAAAUUGCAAUUGGUAAAGUUAGGAGAUUUACUAGUUAUUUUUCGAGCUAUUUCAGCAGUUUUAAUUUUUUUUAACGAAAGAUAAAUGAUAUUCGGUGGCUUAAAAAACACUCUAUCGGAGAAACCUUGACAUUAACCAUGUUGUGUUGGGCGGUGAUUCAGUGUGGGCGGUCAUACAAGAACAUGCUUUUCAUAUUGUUCUUCUUCAUUACAUGCGUCAUUUGAUGGAAGCGUCUAUGUUUACUCUUCUUCCCUAUUGCUCUCCACCACCUGUCUAUAACUUGGCCUAGCAGCAGCUGGCCUUUCAGCUCCUCCUUUGUUCCUUUGUUUCAUUCACGUGUACCUUUACUUGACCGCCAAAACAAAAUCCUUAAAGUGUAAAAACUAAAAGCCGAAUAGUUCCCGUUGUGCGGUGUAUAACAAAGCCAAGUUACAAUGACUAAUGCAAGUAAUCUUUGUAUAUAUAUAUAUGUUUUUUUUAACUCACACUUUUGCUAUCCCCGAAACCCAU